UACAGCUGUUGCAGAGCAAUUGGUAUGACAACUGCCGAGCGUAAUACAGAUCAUACAGAUUAGCCGAUGCUGGCAUAUGUGUGGCAGAUGGUACGGAAAGUUUGUUGUUGAUAUCAGCCGCAUUAGCUUUUAACAGCUGUAGAAGAGUGGAUGCAAUGGCAGCUCAGGUGCACGAGUUCAAAGUGGAGAUGACGUGCAGUGGUUGUUCGUCAGCAGUGGAAAAAGUUCUUGGAAAACUGAAAGGCCAAGGUGUGGAAAAAGUGGACAUCUCAUUGGAAGAUAAAAUUGUACUUGUUACUUCUACAUUAUCAGCAGACCAGCUGCUGGAAACCAUCAAGAAGACUGGAAAGGAAACUUCUUAUGUUGGUGUGAAACAGUAACCAGAUGGGUCAUUUUACCACAACAUUCCCGCUUUUAAAAUUUAAUAUAUUAUCAACAAAUAUUUGUGUCCAUCUUCAGCUUGUAAAAUAUAGUUGUCUCUAAACAUGAUCCGUAUCCUGUUUGUUACCAACAGCAUAAGACUGGCAGCUUAUAACAUCAAGAACGAUAGUCAUUUAUUGUGAUAUAAUGUACCGGUAAGCAUGUUCAUGUAUGAAAAAUUUAUGUUUAGUUACAGUAAGAAUUUCCCAUAAAGUAAUAAUAAUAUAUAGUUGUUUGGGGAAAAAGUAUGUUUCUAAUAUUUAAACAAGGUGUAUAUGUGUAUAACGUACUGUAUAUGUACAACUGUACUCAACAAUUAAAGGCCGAAGUAAUGACAUGCUUAA